AUGGCUACCCGCAAUACUGUUGUUAAGGUGUUCGAUGCUCCUGCCAACUUGGUUCAGAAGUCCGGCGCUCAAGUGUUGCAGUUUGCUGCCUUUGAUGUUGAUCGUACGGGCCGAGCCUACAUCUCUGAGAUCAACGAAUGCUUCCGUUCUCAUAACGUUGAACCCAAGAGAUUCUACGUGGACUCGUUCGCCAAUGGUAUCGUCACCUAUACUUGCUUCUUCGACCCCACUUUCCAGGGUGAGGCAUUGGAAAAGCUCGCGCAGACUCUCCGUUAUGUGAGUCAUUUCAAGCAUAACCCGAGGAAGUCCGGUUUGGUUUGGGAACUUGUGCUCAACAAUAAGAUCACACCCGAGCAUGCUAUCUUCCUCAUUACUGCCGCCAAGUUCAUCUUCUCAUUCUUCCCUAAGGAGACUGAGGAGUAUCUCGCUUUGGCCGACUAUUUCGAGAGUGACCCGUCCAAGAAGAGUGAGUUGGAUACUCUCUUCAGAGAUACCAUGGCUAAUGCUAUUACUUAUGAGAGGAUCUAUGAUGCUCUCACUUCCAACUAUGAGCUCACUCUACCUAUGUUCGACGACUUCAAGAAGGUUGCCACUGGUCUAUGCAAGCCUUUCUACAAUGAGGAAUUGGCUGCUAAGGUUGAUGAUCAGGUUGGAUCUCGCUUCGAUGCGAAGAUCUUGAAGACUCUGUUGAAGCUCAGCGCUCAUCUUCAGAUGACAAACUUCUUCAAGGCUGGUACAGCCUCGGCUAUUGCAAUGAGGUUUGAUGGUGAGGUCCUGGCUGAUCGUCCGAGGACUCUCUUCUCAAGGAUUCCUUAUGCUGUCUAUCUUGUCGUCGGCAGGAGCUUCUAUGGCUUCCACAUCCGAUUCACUGAGAUCGCUCGUGGUGGUAUCAGACUCAUUUUAUCCAGGAACAGACAGGUCUACAAGAAGAACUGCGCUACUUUGUUGGAGGAGAACUACAACUUGGCCUU